UGCGCGGCGUGCUGAGCGAGGUGGGGAGCGGCCGGAUGCUGUGCGCCGUCUGCGGCGUUCUGGAGCAGUGGUGCAGCGGCAUAAGCAUGUACUUCCGCGAGGGGGAGAAAGGUGCCUUCCCUCGCCUGGGGCCUGCCCAGCUCUGUGCCCACGUUUACCCGCUCUUCUGCUACGUGAGCAGAAAGCGGCGGUGCUGCGAGGAGGAAGAGGUCAAGCAGGCUGUGCUCAGGGCGAUGGGUGCCAUGAUGGGUGUCCUCCUGCAUGUGGAGGAGCACCGUGAGCACGCCUGGGAGCAUCUCCUCUGGCUGCUGCAG